AUGGCCAAGGAGAAGACGCUCCGCAUCUUUUGCUUCGGCGACUCGCUGACGGCCGGGUUCUCGGCGUACGGCUCAGUCUACCACCCGUACUCCAUCGCUCUCACGCAGAAGCUAUCCAAGGACUUGUCAAACACGCAAGUCAUCGCCACCGACAACGGCAUGCCGGGAGAUGUCGUCACCCAGGGUGCUUUUGCACAGCGGUUCGCGAGCGAAGUGAACUCGGUAUCAUUCGAUCCGGCCGCCGGUAAAUCGGUUCCAACGGUGUACGACUGGGUUAUUAUCCUGGGCGGCACAAAUGACUUGGCAUAUAGCGUGCCUCCAGAGAAGAUUUUCCAGUCUCUCUUAGCAGUUUAUAACACAGCCCUUGAGAAGGGAAGCAAGGUUCUUGCGUUAACAGUACCCGAGACGGCCAUUAAGCAUACGAAGGUAGACGCCGCGCGGAGUCAACUCAACUCUGCCAUACUCUCACAUGAAGCGCCAAAUUAUUACGCCUUUGAUCUCAACGCCAGAAUCCCCUACCACGCCCUCCCAGACAGAGAGCGUAAGAAGUACUGGGACGACGGAGUGCACUUGACCCCGGCAGGCUACGACUGGAUGGGCGGCCACAUCGCCGAGGCGCUGGGCAACUUUAUCGAACUAGAGCGCGACCCCAGCUCGCGCAGGUCACGACGCACGAAGCGGUACAAGGAAGAGGACAUCUCCUUUGACGAGGAGUCGGGCGACCCACGAUCACUAAGUGAGGGAUACGUGGUCGUGCGGAUGAGAGACUUGGAUUAG